AUGUCCAAAGAAACUAUCAAUGACCCCUGGAGAAGAACUAUUGCUGUCAAUUGCCCUGAUUGCAAUUAUCCCAGGCUACUUGGUCAUGAUUGUAAAAUGUAUCCAAGCAAUCCUAACCAUCAGAAACAAUUUACAAAUAAUCAAAGAGAAAAAGAAAUUAUCCGCCCUGAAAUGACUUUACAAGAAAAGUUUAGAAUCUGGGAUAAUACCCCAAGAGAAGAAUGCCCAUUAUGUUUACGAAUGACCAUUCUUGAACAACAUAAUUGUAGUAAACAAAAUGAAAAGAAAUUUGAUAAAGAUUUCUUACUUUACUUACAUCAAGAAACUACAUGUGGAAUAUGCUUUAAGAAAGGACAUCCUAAUUCCUAUUGUCCAAUCAGAACAUGUAAACAGUGUAACCAAAGAGGACAUAUUGUCAAGAAUUGUCCUAAUCAACCACCAAAAGUAACCGAAUCACUUAAAGAAUACUGGAGAAAUGAAGAAAAAGAAAAAGAGAAACAACCUCUUAUCCAAGAAGACUGGAACCUUAUUUGUAAACAUUGUUUUCAAGACUUCCAUAGGGAAUGCCCAUACUAUACUUUAUUACAAAAACAGAAAACUGGCAAAUGCGGAUGUGAUCUAGAAAAAGUAAAAGAAUUACGAAUCUACCAUUGA